UUUUGUUUUGUGUAGUCAGUAAUUAGAGGCAAAUUAAAGUCAUCUCACUGUUCUUUCAGGAACAUUUAAGGAAUUUGGAUGGAAGCAAUAACAGAUUGUUAGAUUUAGUUUAAUUUAUUUAUUGUUCAUUUAAAGUUGUACAACACACUGUUAGUCACAAAAGAAGUAAAGAAGAGACAAAUAAACAUAGAUAUACUGACUGACAAGAAGAAUAAUUAGAAGCCUAUAUUUACCAAUAACAGACAUAACAAUUAAAUUUCUAGCAACACAGUACUGUACCCACAUACAUAAUAUGUAUGAGAACUGUUUGGCACCUUGAAAUGAUUUUCUGCAUAUAGCUGCUAAAUAUUUACUUGUUUCCUUCUGUUAUUUCUUCCCCUCUUUUGUUUCAGAAUUCUCAGUGUGCCAUACUGACUUAUAAUAUACCGUGCACAAAAAAAAGUUGAAAUAGAUGUCAGGUUGAUAGUUAAUUUCCCCUCCUAAUGUUAGUUAUAAAAUUAGGAGAAAAUGGACUGGCUAGCCAAUACUUGCCAUUAGGUCGUGAAAUUCCAGUGAUGCUUAAAAAAACGCUAUUCCCAGUUUUCUGAACUUCCCUUCUGGGUGUGGAACUAACAGUUCCAAAAACUAGGAAUAUUUAGUUGCUACUUUUAAAUGUGUAUAUCAGUAGCACUGGAAUUUCAUCUACUCGUGGUAAGACAUGACAGUCAUUCAAUCAUCUCAUCAUUUUAUAGUUUUCUCAAGUGAAUUUUCCUUUUAGUGCAAUUUCUUCCUUUUAGAAUGACAAGUAUUUCUGGCACUACUAAAUCAAAUUUUUAGCUCCCACUGUGUAUAUGGGAAAAGUACACAUAACAUUACAGUGCAAAAUGUUAAAUCCACCAAAUAAUAAAACUUAUCAAACAAAAAUAAAAUAUACUUAGUUUAGCAUUUAAAUUAACACAAUGAAAUAUAUUGUUUUUUUCUAAUAAGAUACAUUACCUCAUUCUGUAAUCACUGAAUUCAUAAAUACCAAAGAAAAUUCUUGCACGUAAGACCCCAUAUUUCCUCCUUUAUCUAUUUCUUAUUUUUUGUUGUACUUAAUAAUUUAUGAAAUAAUGACGAACUAGGAAAAUACAAGGUACAACUGGUAGCGCUCCAAGAAAUAAGAUGGCAGGGAACGGGAUCAAUGAAAAUAGGAGACGGGACAAUAAUGUAUGGAGACUGCGGUCAGCGCCAUGAAUUUGGAACGGGCUUUUACAUUCAUAAAACAGCAAUUGACACAAUAAAGGAAUUCAAAUCAAUUAAUAACCGAAUAUCACACAUUACAAUUCAGGCUCAGUGGUUUGAUAUUACAUUUAUAAAUGUUCAUGCACCCACAGAAGAUAAGGAAGAUGACGUGAAAGAAGAAUUUUAUAGUCAACUGGAACAGACAUAUAAUUCAAUAAGUAGACAUAAUGUAACAAUAGUGUUAGGAGACUUUAAUGCCAAAGUAGGAAAAGAAGAAAUCUACAAACCAACCAUUGGGAAUUACAGCUUACAUGAUGAAAGUUCAGAGAAUGGUGUGCGACUCAUAAACUUUGCAAUGGCAAAUGGUCUCACAUUAAGCAGCACAAAAUUCCAACACAACCGCAUUCAUUUAGGGACAUGGAUAUCACCAGAUGGAAAAGUAGUGAACCAGAUUGAUCAUGUCGCCAUCCAAAGACGAUUUCAAAACAGUAUUAAAGACGUUAGAACUUUUAGGGGAGCAGAUUGUGAGACAGAUCAUAUGUUAAUCAUAGCUCAAAUGAAAAUAAAGCUAAAAAAGAAACAAAGUACAAAUAGGGUUGAAAUUAAAAGGUACGAUGUAGAAAAUCUGGCAGAAGAAAAAAUAAAAGAAAACUUUAGGAAAGAAAUGGAAAUUAACCUAUCGGAAUCUAGACUGACACAUAGUGACCAGCAAGACGUGGAAAGUAGAUGGAGACACCUCAGAAACAGUAUUCAAGAUGUAGCUUCCAAAACUAUAGGUAAAAGAAAACGAACUAACAAAAUCUGGUUUAAUAUAAAGUGCCAAGAAAGAGUACUGGAGAGGCAAAAUGCGAGGAAGGCAUGGUUACAAGACAUGGACAAUAUUACACUAAAGGAGAGAUACUAUAAAAUCCGCAAGGAAACACAACGAACUCUAAGACAAGAGAAGAGAAAACACUACAACAACAUGGUAAGAGAAGCGGAGGAUGAUUUCAAGCAUCACAGAGCAAGGCAGAUGUACCAGAAUAUAAAAAAGUCCUUGGGAAAAUUCACUAAAAGGGAACAGUUUAUAAAGGACCAUAAUGGGAAAAUACUCACAAACAAGAAUGACAUACAAGAAACAUGGAAGACAUACUUUACACAGCUGCUCAACUGCAAUGAUCCACAAUAUUACUUUACAUUUGAAGAACCAGAUACAGUUGAUAUACAAGUCACCACACCAUCAGUAAAUGAAAUAAGACAAACAAUAAAGAAAUUAAAGAACAACAAGGCCUGUGGGGAAGACCAGUGGGUUCUGCCUGUUAAUGCAACAGAUGGUAGUGGUGGUGGUGGUGGUGGUGGUUGUGGUGGUGGUGGUAGUGAUGAUGAUGAUGAUGAUGAUGAUGAUGAUGAUGCAGUUCCGUUUGCAAUACCAGCACAGCAAGGCCAUUUUGGUUAA